UCGGAUUGGCCGUAGUCACAGCUCCAUAGGCAUGAGGCUUUAAUCUCGUUUACCGUAGUGCGUCGGUGCUCAGUUUAAGUUACCUUAGCUGCACGGGCAGGCGGACAUUUUGUAAAGCCGCGCCGAAAAAACGCGCUCUCUACGUGCUACGCGGCAGAUCGUAUAUCCGCCGAAAAAUCGGUCGCGUCCGACCUGCCCGACGACGGACCUUAGGUUAGGAACGCGAAAGCGGUGUCGUGUUAUCGAGGUGAGGAAAGUUUUGCAUGGCCGUUUUUCAAAAACGACCACGUUAGUACGACGUCCGUUAUGCGAGGUUGCCCCACCGGUGGCGCGCCGUUGCUGUGAUACGUGCGGGGUAUUUGUUCUAAGAGGGCAUUAGUCCUUACGAUAUUUGACAAUCCAUGACAGCCAUAACAUUGCCGCUUUGUUUGGCUUCAUUUUAUCUUUCCACGUAUCCAGUAUACGGACGACCAUACUCGGGCAUUUUUGGCUUUUCCCGCCAAAGAAAAAGGGAACGCCAACAUAACCUAUUACUCUUAUUCGGUUUCGCGAAUUGAUAUCGGAAACGACAGUGCUCGUGAGUUGCUUGAUUAUCUGUGAACCCAUUUGUUUUAUGUCGCUCCGUGUGUAUCCGUCAGUGUAUUCUCGAUUCUGUACAAUAAUUCAUGUCUGUCUUAUUUUUCGAGUGCGCCUUGUGCAAGUGAUUGGUGAGUGUUACCGCGAUGGUAUAAGAGCAAAGUGUUAAAAAUAAAAGAAUAUAAUCAAAGAAAAGUUUUACGUUACAAAAAGAGUAUAUAAGUAGGAUACAAGUGUGACAACGCAGACGCUUCUGCCUUUUCAAAUUCUGGAUUACGCGGGUGACUCGAGGAUAACCAAGAUUUUGCCGAUUCAUAAAAAAGGUGGCCGCACGGACAGAGAUGGCAUGAGGGAGGGCUCCGGCAACGUUGCCGAGGUGUUACCAGUGGGCGGGGGCGGCGCUGUGCUGGUGCUCAGCGAACUUGAGAGCAUGGCGGCCAGGCAGCAGCGAGAGAUCGCCCAGCAACGGCGUCUCCUGGAGCAACGCGAGGCUCGGCUUGCCGUGCUUCGAGGGGCACAGGAGCCAGCACAGCAAGACAGACUCGCAAGGCUGAGGCACAGACUGGAUCAGCAACAAAGCAAGCUCAAUCGUCUGAGACUCCUGAGGUCCCAGACGGACCAAUCACGUGCCAACAAUGCUACGCUGACCUCCGACCUCGACUGCAUAAGGGCCCUCUUCAACGAGAAGGAAAAGGAGCUCUCGCUGGCCGUGGCGAAGGUCGAGGAACUUACUAGACAGCUGGAGGAGCUUCGGGGUCGACAUAACAAUGGCGCCGGGCACCUUACGACACCGGCCAGCGCAGAGCUUGAGAAACUUCGCAGGGAGCUUAUGUAUCGCAACAAAAUGAACGAGCAACAAAAUCAGGUCGUCUCGCAGCAGCGGCUCGCGCUGGUUCAGAGACAGGCGGAGAUGGCCUCCAUAGACGCCAGGAUAGCUCAGCUUCAAGGACGCCUUCAGAGGAAACGAGCACUCAAUCAGAGACUCAGCCAGCAAUUGGGUUCGUCUAAUCGGGCUGCGAAUAAUCCAGCAUUCGCCGAUUCGAAAUUGGACUUUAAUAACAGUGGCAAGUCUAGGCCUGCUGGGAAUAUAGCUGCCAUCGAACCCUAUUCGCAUAUACCUAACGACAAUGACUUCACUUUGAAUAAAAGUGAUCCCAAGUAUCAAACUUUACCGUACAAUACAAAGUUCACAGUGAACUUCAAAGCUGCUGAGGAUGACGUUAAUAAGAACAAGAUUCAGCACAGUGCCAGCGCGUCGCAGAUUGGUCAAAGGUCGUUUCAGCAGUUUGGACAUCAGAUAGCACACAGUCAAUCUCAAUCGCAUAUUCAGGGUCAGUCGCAGCUUCUUGGGGCAAAUCAGCAGCAGACCAGUCCUCAGGGCUUUGUUGGACAGCCGGGAAACGUUCUGUCGACAAAUAACAAUGGGAACAAUAACAACAAUAACAACAACAACAACAACGGGCAUAAUUAUCCUCAGGAGACUCAACAGAAUUUACGACUUCAUGGACACCAGCAGCACAAUACUCAACAGAAACAACACAGCUCCACCAAUUCGUCAAACUCGAGUCUCGCCAGCGGACAGUCCAUAACUCAGAAUCAGAAUCAUCGAAAUCUUCAAACGCACCAGAAACCAGUUUCGAGUGUAGCGCCGAGUUUUCCUGUAAAGUCACCAAUCUAUCAAACUUCCUCGACGAAGAUCCACCCGGUGAUGCCUCAGACACUUAGUUUAAUAGGCCGGGGGCAUUCGGGCACUCAGGGAUACACGGGUUUAAACAGUCAAAGCAACGGGCCGCAAGGUUCUCAGGGUGUUCAGGGAAAUCCGGUUCCUCAAGAGCAAGGAUUCGCUCUCAGGCAUAAUUUCCCAGGAAUGGGCAAUCAGCAUGCGACGCAGAGUGGAAGUCAGGUGGCUACGGGGACCAGCUAUCAAACUCAAAUUCAAGGAAAUCUACAACACAAUCCAUCUCACAUGGGUCAAAAUCCAAACUUUACUGGUUACACAGCACACGGCUAUAAUCAAACACAAUCAGGGUUGAAUACUGGAAACCAGGGUGUUGAAUCAUCAAACGAUAGAGUCAAAUUUGAAUCGAAAUCGGAGAAGUAUGAACAUCUCUUGUCGGGAAAGCAUGAACAGUCGCGUUACGAUCAAAAUCUAAUGAAGUAUGACAAUCAACAUGGAAAAUAUGAUCAGAACAAUCAGCAAUCAAAGCAUGAACAGUCUUCUGGAAAGCAUGAGUCAAUUUCGGGAAAGUAUGAAAACCAAAUGAAACAUGAUUUACAUGGGAAGUUUGAUCAUACUCAAAAAUAUGAACAUCCACAGUUCAAGCACGAACAUCAGAGCACGAAGUACGAUCACAAUCAACAGUUCAAACACGAGCCAAUGAAGUACGAGGGUGCUGGGACUCAGCAAUUCAAACAAGACCAAGUCAAGUACGAUCAGAAUCCAUCAAAGCUGGAUCAUCUCACUGGGAAGUACGAACAAGGUUUAGGUAUCAAACACGAUCACGGUGUUAAGUUCGAACCACCUGGCAAACUUCCCGACAAGCCGUAUGAAUUCGAGAGGCUGAAAGAUAUCGACAGAAAACAACCCAUGGGCUUUGUAGAAGCUAAGGGCGAGGAUAAAACAAAACCAGCACUGCCGCCUAAACCAAGUAAACCAAAUCCACCGCCAAGGUUAACGCAUCAUGAGAAAAUUGAGAUAAGUUCAGACGUAACCAGCGACGGAAAAGCCAGCAUCACCGUGGGAUCCAGACUCGAGAAGGAAGAGGAGAUUCCUCCUAUACCGACGUCCGAGCCACCGGAAUCUCCAACGGAAACGCAAAUUGGUACUCAUCAAAUUAUAAAGGCACGACCCUUGACCCUGAAGAAGCCUCCACUUUCGGAGCAGCCCAAGCUACGUUACGCUAAGUCAAAUGUCCACGUGUCCAUAAAUCGACGGAUUGAGAUGCCCCCGGCCUUCCUCUUCCCCGAGACUGAGAUACCAGCCGACCUCAUGCAAACGGAACAGCAACAGCAACAGAUUAGUGAAUCUACGGAUAUUGGCUGCAAGAAGCCGACUUCCGUAGGAAAUCUGAUCGACGAUGGGAACGAGAAACUCGAGGAUUCCGAUAUCGUCGAUGCUCUGAAUGUUAUAAAUAUCGAGGACAAGCUCAAGGCAAAGGUCGACACCGAACGUAGACCGGAAUUCGACGGGGAUGGCAAGACGGAUGUUAUCAGAAGGAAGAAAGGAAACCUUAAAUCAACUACAGGGAAGGCUAAUCUCUCUAGAAGAGUCUCCUUCGAUCCUUUGGCACUACUCCUGGAUGCGAGUCUUGAGGGUGAGUUGGAGCUCGUGAAGAAGACUGCCAAGGAGGUGGCCAAUCCUAGUUCAGCCAAUGACGAGGGCAUUACCGCUCUGCAUAAUGCAAUCUGUGCUGGACACUUGGAGAUUGUGAAAUUCUUAGUUGAGUUUGGCUGCGACGUUAACGCACAGGACAGUGACGGAUGGACCCCGCUUCAUUGCGCCGCCAGUUGUAACAAUCUGGCCAUGGUGAGGUUCCUAGUGGAACAUGGUGCCUGUAUCUUUGCUACGACACUGUCGGACCACGAGACCGCAGCGGAAAAGUGCGAGGAGGAUGAAGAGGGCUUCGACGGUUGCUCUGAGUAUUUGUACAGUGUUCAAGAGAAACUGGGCAUUAUGAACAAUGGGCAAGUGUUCGCCGUUUUUGAUUAUGAGGCUCAACACACUGACGAGCUUACCUUGAAAAAUGGCGACUCCCUGGUCGUCCUCAGGAAGGGCGACGACAACGAGAGGGAAUGGUGGUGGAGUAAAUUGGGACACAGGGAGGGUUACGUACCCAGAAAUUUAUUAGGGUUAUAUCCAAGAGUGCAGCCAGCGAAAGUGGACUAAUUUUAAGAAGAUUUUGAUAUCUGCAAGAGAUUCGUAAUAUCGAAACACUUAUCACCACAGUAUUCAAUUUGCAGCUUUAUCGUUAGGUAUCGUAGGACAUUGUAAUAAUAUAAAUGUUAUUUUAUUUAAACGCGCGUCUCGGGCGUCGUGAAACGGAUAUCGACACGAAAUACUCCUUCGGGCAUUUCCGGUACCACGAACGAUCUUACGGUAAUAUUUUUCUCUGUAUUACGUACAAAGGCAGAAAGUCUUUCGAUGACGAUCAAUUGCGAGACACGUGACUCUCGCAUUUGUACCCUCCUUACUUCCCCAUAUCCCCAUUCUCAUUCCUACUCCAAUUUUCCGUCCCACAAGUGUCCCUCUUAAGUAAAUGGAAUGCACUUAAUUUCUCAACAGGGUCUCGAAAUUGCUCGAUUUUAUAUUUAUAGAAGAUCCAACUCACAGUUGCAUUACGCUCUUUACUGCUCUUUAAUUAUGAACGACAAUGGCGAGUUUCUCUUAUUUUAUUAUUUUAAGUUCUCUUUCUGCCGUUACUCACCACCUUUAUCCGUAACAUUUGGAUAAAGCGGCUAGAUCUAAUUUUCUACUUCGCGUCAGUGAAGCUGAGAUUACGUAUUAGAUAUUUCUCCAUAUACAUAUAUUUUUUUGGAAUCAUGUUUUUAUCUCGUUUCCUUUAUUUUUCUUUUUUUUUUUUUUAAAUUUUAUUGCGUCUUCGCGCUGGAGGUACGAGGCGUAAAGAUAUGUACUUAUUAUUCGGAUUUGUUUCACCUAAAUGCUUUAAGUUUAGAUGAAGUCAAAUUUUGUUUCUUACGAUGAAUCUUGUUAAGUUUUUGUCUCCUUAUCACACUCUCUAUUUCGUGCGUAAACAGACAUACACGUUCAUUUUUCUGUCGCCUGAAAUUUUCGAAAUCCUGUGGUCUCUUUGGAUUUUGAAAAUGUUCCUAAGAAGUGUAUAAUCUAAGCUUGCCAAUAUAUAUAUAUAUAUAUAUAUAUAAUUAUAUAAAAGAUAUAUGUAUACAUAUGUAUUAAUAUUUUUAAAUUUUAUCUGGGCCACGCGUUGACGACCCAAGAAUCUCUGAUGAAUUUGGCGACAUGCACGUUUACUUGAUUGCGCGAUUAAAUUGGCUAAGAAUAACGUAGGACAAGGUAGCGUUGAAAUAAAUAGAAAAGAUGCUAUUUAUAUCGUUAAUAGUGCAAAACGAUGAAAAUUACAUUCGCGCAGAUAGGCAUUGGCGCUCAUUGAUUGCACGCGCAUGCUGCGUAUUACAUUAUUAUCGCAUAUGUAUAGUGUGUGACAUGGUAGUUGUUAAAGUUACACCAUGACGGGCUUGAUGGAAAAAUUAAAAAAAAAAAUAUAAGAGGAAGAUAUUCGAGACGAUAACUGAUAAAUGAAAUAUGUGCCUUUAAAAGUAAUAAUGAAAAUAUUAUGUAAAAGAUUGCACGAUAUAUUAUGAAAGGAAAUAAAUUGUUUUUAAUAAA